AUGUCGAGACUGGUUAGCAAAACAUCACGAUGCAUCAACUGUUCAUUGCGCAUUAAUAAAAUUAAAAGUUAUUCAAUUGAAGAAAUCAAUGAAACUAUGAGUAGUGUACUCUGCUCAUGGACGUCUCCCACGCCGAUCAAACCUGAUGAUAAAUUGUGCAAAGAAUGCUACCAAAUAUUAGAAAGUAUAGAGAAAGGAGAACUUCCACCACCACCAAUGCUUGGACACAUGAGUGUUUGCUUUAGCUGUGGUAUCUCUUUGCUUCGAUGUCGUUAUCAUAAUGUUACAUCUGACUGUCCAGAAAGGCAAAUUAUAAAUCAAUAUAUAAUGCCUCAUUUAGUGGACCGACUUACUAAAGUAUGUCUAGCUUGUUGGUCGGCUGCAACUAGAAGAGUCAAAAAGAAAAGUCUGCAAUACUCUAAUACAACUAGCACUUAUCAUGUAGAAAUAAAAGUAGAAAAAGAUAUUUCAGACCCAGAAACAGAUACUAUGGAAUGGCAACAAGUCAUUGUUAAAGAGGAAGGUCAACAAGACUCUAUUAUGACUAGUAAUAUUCAUACAGAAAUCAAACUGGAAAAAGAUAUUAUAGAAACAGAUACUGUAGAAAUACAAGAAGACAGUGCUGAUGAACAAACACUGAAUAUUACACAAACAGUCCAAUUACAAACAUACACACGAGCUCCUAAUACAGCUGGUCGUUGUUUAUUCAAUAAUUGCAAAGGUAAGGAAAGAUUUACAGUGCCAGAUCAAUUGAAAGAAAUGAUGCUAUGUCAUUACAAGAUUUAUAUACCGCCAGGUUCAAGGAUUUGCGCUAAACAUUUGACAGGGAAUGAUUUUGAACAUCUAGAGUAUGAAUGCAAUGAAUUUACAUCCACACAUAUAGACGAUUUGCUUAGUAUAUUGGAAAGAGCUAACAAAAGAGAGUUAGACUUUGAAAAUAUAUAUAUGAUCCCACCAGAACUGUGCGAGUACUGGUUCGGUAUGAGUGCCUGUGAUUUCUACACUCUUUUGUUGGAAAUACCUAACUUGCACAAUUUAAUUCCUAGCGCAAGCAAAGCGCUAAGUAUGUUCUUACUAAAAUUAGUUAGGAAAGACAGCAUAAGGAUAUUGAGUGAAUUAUUUCUGGUGUCUCGUAACACUGUUGUACGUUAUAUAUCUGCGGUAAAGAUUUGUAUAGCUGAAGAGUUGGGUCUGCCGGAUGAAGAGGCUGAAGAUGACGAAAUUAUUCAUGAUUAUAUCAAAAGCUAUUUACAAUCAAAUGUUAAAUUCAAAGGCAUUUCAAAAAACAAGGAUAAAUCGAGCUACAAGUAA